AUGCCAACCAAGGAGCGGAGCUCUGACGUUCAUGCAAAACCAAGCAUAAAAGGGUCUGACGUUCAUGCGAACCCGGCGCAAGCAACAACUCUGGCGAUCAUAGUGAACCCGGCGAAAGCAACAACUCCGACAUUCACGCAAAACCCGACGCAGGCAAGAAGGAACAAGGACUUGACCGUCAUCUUCUCCGACAGCUCAUUCACCUAUGCGAUCAAGGCAUCGUUCGAUGCCAAGGUGCGAGGAUCACAAGUGCCGGCUUGUGUGUUCGCGACAUCCCAGCCAAGCAGAAACCGCGAACAACGGAGGAAGCCAAACUCAACAAUUCCCUUCUGUUAG